AUGUGUAAUGCAUUAGCUGCAGCUCUGGUGCUCUCGGUUCUUAACUAUGGAAUCACCAUGCCCACAGCAAGCAGUGAUGAAAACUUCUUCCAGAACUGCCCAACAUCCAAUUGCAGAGAAGGUGGACCCGAGAUCCGGUUUCCAUUCCGCCUUGAAACCAGCCCUCCAUCAUGUGGUGCACCAGGAAUGAAGUUACGUUGCUCAAAGCAAGCAGACACCAUCCUUGUUCACCCAAAUCUUGGUUUAUGCAAGGUGAUUGCCAUCGAGUAUAGGUACGGUUUGAUUGAUGUUAUCCCACUUGCAGCCUCCAAGUGCCCUCUUCAAAAGAUCAUCUCUACCAAUCUAUCAACUGAGGUAUAUAGACCUUACGGAGCUUCUGCGACCCUUGUGAGCUGUUCAACAGAGUUCAGACCACGUAAUCAGGAUGGCGUUGCUGGCCCCAUCUCUUGCCUUAGCAACACAAGCCAGUUUCCGUACUUGGUGUCUUCUCUUCGAAAUAUGGAUGUCCUUCCAUUGGAUUGCAUGGUGGUUUCCAAUGAUAUUUGGAUACAUUACCCUCUUAUCAAUGAGCUCUUUAAUGAAACUGCAAAAGUAACCAUUGCAUUUGGUAAGACGAUGUUCAGGUGGUCAGUUCCCAACAUAACAAAUGUUUGCCAAGACUGCGAAUUUGGAGGGAGGCCUUGUGGAUUUCGCUCAGAAACAAGGCAAGCAUUCUGCAAGAAGCACAGAUCACAUGUCAAAGUCAUUGCAGCAACAUCAUCAGUAGCCAUGAUUUUAGUUGCUUCAGUGAUUGUGGCUGCUGCAUUAUAUCUCGCCCUGAAAUCAAAGUAUAAUGAAGAAAUACAUUUGAAAGUUGAAAUGUUCCUAAACACUUACAGCACAUCCAAACCAACAAGAUACACAUUCUCUGAAGUGAAGAAGAUAACAAGACGGUUCAAUAAUAAACUUGGCCAAGGUGGUUUUGGAAGCGUCUAUAAAGGUGAGCUAUCCAAUGGAGUGCCUGUGGCAGUCAAAGUGUUGGAGAACUCAAAGGGAGAAGGACAAGAAUUUAUCAACGAAAUUGCAACCAUUGGAACAAUCCACCAUGCCAAUGUCGUCCGGCUUCUAGGUUUCUGCUCUGAAGGAUCAAGACGUGCUCUAAUUUAUGAAUUUAUGCCUAAUGCAUCGCUCGAGAAAUAUAUAUUCUCACAAGCAUCUGAUACUUGUUGCCAAGAAAAAUUAAUACCAAACAGAAUGCUUGAAAUAGCCACAGGGAUCGCCAAAGGGAUUGAGUAUCUGCAUCAAGGGUGCAAGCAGCGCAUACUCCAUUUCGACAUUAAGCCUUCCAACAUUUUACUGGACUACAGCUUUAAGCCAAAGAUUUCAGAUUUCGGACUAGCGAAGCUGUGUGCAAGGGAUCAAAGCAUUGUCACACUGACGGCAGCAAGAGGCACAAUGGGCUACAUUGCACCAGAACUAUAUUCUCAAAACUUUGGCACGGUAUCAUAUAAGUCAGAUGUUUACAGCUUUGGCAUGGUGAUAUUGGAAAUGAUGAGUGGACAAAGUAGCUCAGACCCACAGACAGAGAACAGAAAUGAUGUUUACAUUCCAGAGUGGGUAUAUGAGAAAAUAAUCACUGGGCAAGAACUGGAAUUGAUCAGAGAAAUAACACAAGGAGAGAAAGAUAUAAUGAGGAAGCUAGCUAUCGUAGCCCUUUGGUGCAUUCAGUGGAACCCAGUGAACCGGCCAUCUAUGACAAAAGUGGUGAACAUGCUGACGGAUAACUUGCAGAGCCUAAAGAUGCCUCCUAAACCAUUUGUUUCAUCAUUUGGCUAGCAGACAUGAAGUAAAAGCUUGAGACCAGUCAGUAUUUCAGAUAUUCGUACCUAUCAGUUAUCGACAUGUACCAAAUAUGCCUUAUGUCUAUCACAUUUUGACAUGUUGGUUGCGCUCU